AUGGCGCCACCCAAGGCAUCCCAGACGCUAUGGGGGCGAACCAAGGCAUUGGCCAAGUAUAUUGUGGGGUAUGACAAUACGGAUGCAAAUCGGCUCGGUGUGCCGAUGGUUGGUGUUCAAGACUAUGUGCGUGAACACUGCCAGCAUCCAGGGACAGCGCUGCUCAAUUACUUGGACUCGCUGUUCCCUAUGCGCCGCUGGAUUCUUUCCUACAACUUGUCGUGGUUGUAUGGCGACCUAAUUGCAGGCAUCACAGUUGGUCUCGUGCUCGUUCCACAGUCGAUGUCCUACGCCAAUGUCGCUGGGCUUCAGCCGCAGUUUGGUUUGUACUCGUCGUUCAUUGGUGUGGUCAUUUACGCGUUGUUCGCUACGUCCAAAGACGUCACGAUCGGUCCUGUCGCCGUCAUGUCUCUGCAAACGAAUACCGUGAUCCAAAAGAUCCGCGAGGAGCUGCCGGACCACCAUUACCCACCGGAGGUCAUUGCAUCCGCCCUUGCUUUCCUGUGUGGUAUCAUCACACUGGGCGUUGGUCUUUUGCGACUUGGCUGGCUCGUCGAGUUCAUUCCCGCACCUGCUGUGAGUGGAUUCAUGACCGGCUCGGCGCUCACUAUCCUGGUUGGCCAGUUGCCGGGUCUUCUGGGCGUCAAAAACGUGAAUGGUCAGGACCCCAUGUACAAGAUUGUCAUCAACUUUUUCAAGCAGCUUCCCACGGCCGGCAUGGAUGCUGCCUUUGGUGUUCCUGCCCUGGUGUUCUUAUACCUUGUGCGCAGCACAUGCAACUAUAUCGCACGGCGGUACCCGAAAUAUGCACGCAUCGCUUUCUUCGCCUCGGUGAUGCGCAGCGCUCUAGUGAUCAUUGUACUGACUGUUGCGAGUCGCAUCUGGGUCGGUACGUACGACCAAAAGCAAGACUACCCAAUCAAGCUGAUCCUCGAUGUGCCGCGUGGGUUCCAGCACAUGGGCCAGCCGGAGCUGCCGACGCCUGUUCUAUCGAAAAUUGGGCCCAACUUGCCGGCAUCGGUGAUCCUUCUUCUUCUCGAGCACAUUGCUAUCUCAAAGUCAUUCGGUCGACUGAACAACUACAAGAUCAAUCCGAACCAGGAGCUUGUGGCCAUCGGUGUGACCAACUUGGUCGGCCCGUGCUUUGGUGGCUACGCUGCGACAGGUUCGUUCUCUCGCUCGGCCAUCAAAUCGAAGUCGGGUGUACGCAGUCCGCUUGCCGGCUGGGUCACGGCUAUCGUCGUGCUGAUUGCCAUUUAUGCACUCUCUGGUGUAUUCUAUUGGAUCCCUAAAGCAUCGCUAUCUGCUGUGAUUAUCCACGCGGUGUCAGACCUGGUUGCACCGCCCUCUCUGCUGUACAAGUUCUGGCUUAUGAACCCCCUCGAGCUGUUUAUCUGGAUUGCGUCGGUGGUUGUCACAAUUUUCACGAGUGUGGACUAUGGUGUGUACACAGCCGUCGCUGCAUCUGUCGCACUCCUGCUGAUCCGGAUCGCUCGUCCACGUGGACAUUGGCUGGGUGUCGUGCGAGUUGAGCACCACGAUCACACCGUCGCUGGCGGCGCGCAGCAGCGAAAUGUAUUUAUGCCGAUGGACGUACAAGACGGACUGCGCGACCCAUCCGUGCAUGUUGAGCCGCCACCGCCCGGCGUGUUUGUGUACCGGGUGGAAGAGUCGUUCACGUAUCCGAAUGCCUCGCAUAUGGCCGAGCUCAUCACCGACAAGAUCAAAGCAUGCACGCGCCCAGGCUUUUCACAGGCCGUCAAGCCGGGGCAGCGACCAUGGAAUGAUCCAGGGCCGCCCAAUGCUGCAUUGAUCCGCGCUUGGCGCGCAUGUACGUUUUUCUAUCACCGUCACAAGGAUGCGCCAUCGCUCGAGCAGGAGCUAGAGGAGGAAAUGCGCUCCAAGGAAAGUGACCCUCGUCCGCUGCUGCACGCGCUGAUCCUGGACUUUGGAUCUGUCUCGAAUGUCGACUCGACGUCUGUGCAAGUGCUGGUCGACUUGCGCAAUGCAUUGGAACGAUACCGGGCCGGACCUGUGCAGUUCCACUUUGCACAUAUUCUGAGCCCGUGGAUUCGACGUGCUCUGCUGGCUGGAGGAUUCGGCACAGGGCGGAUUCACCGUCAUGUUACAGAGAUUGCAUCGGUCGUGGAGCAAGGUGAUGCACGGGCUGUUGGUCAGCACUCACCAACGCCAGAGGAUCCCAAGCCACACGACGAAACUGACUCAAAAACAACUGACUCUGUGCAUGAACAAGAUGUGCCGAGGGACCUUGAAUCGCAGGUCGGCUCGAUGGCUGCCGAUAUGGACAAACUGGACUUUGAGAUCCGCAAUUUGGACGCCAAGUAUGCAGAGGAUUUGAGACACGAGUCCAUUUCAUCGCCACCAGGCAUCAGUGUGCCGAUCAUGUGGAACAAUGAGCUAACGCCAUAUUUCCACCUGGAUUUGGCGGCUGCCAUGUCGGCUGCCACAGACAACAUGUCCAUCGCUUGA